GUGGUCGGUUCUAGAGAUAAUUCUACAGUUUCUAUCACUAUUUUAUUCUCUCUCAACUUUCUUAUCUCUCUCUGAUAAUAAUAAAACCCUAUAAGACUCUUCCACUCCACUGUCUCCUCCUCCAUACCUCUGUUGCUCUGUGACUUUAUACCUUUCUUUCUCUGUCUCUGUCUCUCUUCUAUUGGGGUGCGAGCGUUAAUAAAAGGGUGUGUGAGCAACAAUAUGGAUGGUGACAUGCUAAAAUCAUUAACAGAUCAGGAUCACAUGGACGUGAUGACAAUGAUGAUGCAAAUGGAAAAGCUUCCUGAAUUCUGUGACCCUUUCCAUAACACUCCCAUUCCUACAUACCCAGAAAUCGAAUUCACCAGUGGAAGCACUAGUAACAUUACCACCACCACACCACCCAUAAUCCAUAACCCAAAUGUAGCCCCUGUCCCACACACAUUGAUAAACCCAAGUUCCUCCAUACCAUUAAUGGGCACUCCAAUUCAGGACCCCAUGACACCAUCUCUUCAACCCCAUGUGAUGUCAGGAAGAUUCAGUUUCAAUAAUGUUGGUGCAAUAUCACUUGCAAACUCAUAUGAGAAGAAGAACUCAGUGGCAGCAAUGAGAGAGAUGAUUUUCCGGAUAGCUGCGAUGCAACCUAUUCACGUAGACCCGGAAUCAAUCAAGCCACCUAAGCGGAGGAACGUGAAGAUUUCAAAGGAUCCACAGAGCGUGGCAGCGAGGCAUAGGAGGGAAAGGAUUAGUGAGAGGAUAAGGAUACUGCAAAGGCUUGUUCCUGGUGGGUCUAAAAUGGACACGGCUUCGAUGUUGGAUGAGGCUAUACAUUACAUGAAGUUCUUGAAGAAACAAGUGCAAAAGUUGGAACAAGCCGAGGCUAAUAGGACAAUCAAUGGAGUUGGUUUACCUGCAGUUGGGAUGACGAGAGGUAGUGUGAAUUACGCUACUUUGAUGAAGGCUUACCAGCGGCCAGGCUGCUCAAAUGGUGGGGUCUAUGCAGAUCUAAUGUCUUGGUGAGAGAGCAGGGUGAAAGUACUAUUGAUAGAUGCAUGUAUGGUGUAGGAGUGAUAGUAUUGGUCUAUAGGUGGGCCUGUAAAGAAAAUGUAGUUUCUUAAUUUAUCAUAUUAUUAGUGUGUUAACGUUAAAUGAAUGUAAUUGGUGGGAUUUAACCACUUUGACGAAA